ACAGUAGUUUGGAAAUAAGGUUAACUAAUCUUUAUUAUAAAAAAAACUAGCUGAGGUUAACAUUUCACGUUUAUAAAAGGAGAGGGUCACGAGAGAUAUAGUACUUGAAUAGAGGAAAGAGAGAGAGAAAGAGGAGAAGGAAAAGAGAAGAUGGGAUUUUGUUAUGUAAUUCGGCUGUGUUUAUGCAUCUUCUUUGUACUUUCAGUAGUCUCUUCGGCUCGACUCACGUUCUCAUUUUCAGAAAAUGAAAAGAUGAUGAUGGUGAAAGGUAGAUCAUUGAUGGUGAGCACCAACGACUACGACGGGCCAUCGGCCAACGCCAGACACAAUCCACCAGGGAGGCGUGGAGGAGGACGGAGAGGUUAAAAAAAAUAAAAAUAUUAUUGUUACGAAAAAGAUAACAUGUUUUGGGAUACUUAAUAUUUUUAAUUUACUCAUUUUCUCUUAAGUAUUGUCAUCUAUUUAUGUAAACAAUAAAACCCUUAAAUAAAUAAUACGUACUGAUGCAUUUAUAAAUUAAAAAUGAACAUUUAAACUCGUA